UUGUUUUGAAGGCUGCCGCGUUGACUUGCGGCGUUAGUUUUGAUUUGUCGGCUGCGCGGAGUUACAGUUUGUUAUGUAUGGAGUACAUAACUAUUUGAGAACCACGGAUGCACUCGGAAUCUUGCUGACUGAAGAAGAUGUUCGAGAAAGAGUCAACCUGAGGCGCCAAAAUCUCGCUGAUAUCCGAGUGUUGUCUCUUCCUGGAAUGUAUGAAAGGAUCAGUCAUUUAGGAAACUCCUUGAAAAAAUUUGUUUAUCUGAAAUCUCUUGACCUCUCACGCAAUGCACUAACUACACUGGAGGGCCUUAAACAUCUCACAUACUUAGAAAAGCUCAAUCUCUACUUCAAUCACAUCUCCUCUCUAUCAGAAGUGCUACGACUCCACAAUUUAACUGCACUUCAAGUUGUGGAUUUCCGACUGAAUCCUGUUGUUAAAAAUGAAUCAGAUUAUCGCCUUUUUGUUGUACAUAUGCUUCCUAAUCUCAAACAGUUAGAUGAUUGCCCUGUAACAGAAAGUGACCGAAAAGCAUCUCUUUUGCAUUUUACUUCUGAUUACGCUUAUACAUUCAAGAAAUCUGCAGUUUUAGCCAAAAGAAUUAAACCUAGCAGGUUUAUUCAUCCAAGAGUUGAAUAUAUUAAUUCUAUGUCAAAAAAGUAUCUGGCAGUGGAUGAAGAUGAUGAAGCAGCCUUACGUCUUUUAGCAAAAUGUGAAUGGGAUUUAAGAAAACAUGCAGAAAUAAGUGUAUCAUCUAAAAAGAAUCCUGAAGUAGAACUUCACAAUUUAAAAAGUAUUUAUGAAAUGAAAGAUAAUCCUAAGAAGUGGAAAUCAGAGUUCUCCCUUCCCCAGUUUGUCCUAUUACAAAAGAAAUGUUUAUUUCAGAACCCCAUGUCAGAAGACAGAAAUACACUGAAAGGAACAACAACUGAUAAAGGAGUGAAUGAAUCAUUACUCAUUUCACGGAAAAUGGUUGGACCGGUUCAAAAAGCAUCUAGAUUCAAAGAACAGAGAUUUAAUGGCAAAGGUGCACUACCUCAAGGAACAACCCAUUUGAUAAAUAAAAAUGUAUAUGACGCAACACCCAUGCAAUGUUUACUUGACUUGGUUGACAAAUACUGGAAUGGUUCCAAAUCACUCCAUUACAAUGAGAUUUUUUUAGCUCAAGCGGAAAUGGUUUUGUCUGCAGUUCAGAAAUCUCUGCCAGCAGGUCAAGAGAAACAUUCUUCAACAGAGAAUGAAGAGGUGAAUAAACUUAUCUUAGAGAAAGAAGCCUUACAACAGUGUUUAUCUCAACAAGAGACACAAUAUAGCAUCAGGAUUAAAAAUCUAAAGUCAGAGUUGAGCAAAACUAAGAAAGAUAUGGGUGUACUGAAACAACAUUUAAAUAAGUUACUGAAAGAAAAAGAAGGCUUAAAAGCUGAUAAAUUCAAAAUGGAAGAAAGCAUUCAUAUUUCAGAUACUGCUGAUACAGCAUCAUUACAGAUUACUGAUUUUGAAGACCAACUUUUACUUGAUGAGAAUGCUAGUAUGAAGAAACAUCUCCAAAAUUUUAACAAGAUGCGAGAACUGACAGAGAUGUUACAGGAAAGCCAUAGAACAUUGAUUUCUACCAAUGAACAUCUCUUAAAACAAUUAAAUGAAUUGAAUCUAAAACAUAAAGCUGAGAUAGAGCAACUACAUUGCAACUACAAUCAGUUAAAGAAAACAAUGGAUACUCUAUCUUCUAAAUCAUAA